AUGAUGACCCUCCUCUCCCCCCACUUCAAGCUCGAAGAGGUCUCCGAAGAUGAUAUGGUCAUUGCAUCCCUGGCCUGGGGCUUUACUCUCGGGUUCGGCUGGCUCACAGUAUGGACGGCGAUCAAGCAGACGACCGCCAUGUAUAGGCGGCAAGGCGAUCGCAUUUACCGGAACUCAUACAUUUGGAUGAUCUGGCUGGAGAUCCUCGUGUGUACCAUCUUCAGCAUCAUUUGCUGGUUGCAUCUCAAAGGCAUCAUACCGCCAAGCCAUUUACUGACUACCACAGUGACCACUUGGGCUCUCCAAGUUCAAUUUCUUCUUCAAAUCAUCAUCAAUCGAUGCGCCAUCCUCCUUACCAACCAGAAGCGGGCAUGGCGGCUGAAAGUGGGCGUCGCUGUACUUAUCACCGCCAUCAACAUCUCUGUCUACAACAUUUGGGUGCCGGCUCGGUUACAGGUUUCAGAGAGAUAUAUCGAAAUCAACGAGUGGUGGGAUCGCUGCGAGAAGGUUAUCUACCUUAUCGUUGAUGGAGCGCUCAACAUUUACUUUGUCCGCAUCGUCCAGAAGAACUUGGUCACCCACGGCCUCACCAAGUACAAGCGACUGACGCAGUUCAACAUGUUCAUCAUUGGUUUCUCUCUCAGCAUGGACGUACUCAUUAUUGCGAUGAUGAGUCUCAACAACACAUUUGUUUACAUGCAAUUCCAUCCCUUAGCUUACAUGGUCAAGCUGAAGAUCGAGAUGUCGAUGGCCGAACUGAUUGGAAAGGUUGCACGGAAGCGCGAUCUCGGCAUACUAUCUGCUGCCGACUUCAAUGGGAACCGAGACUCAUACCAGCCGUCCGAGUACAGCUUGCAGUUACCCACUUACGCGAGAGGCCGCCCCGUCGGCGGAAUCGACGCUACGAUCAGCAGUCAACCCCCGAAUCCCAUCGAACUAAACAACGUUACGAAGCCGAAGAUACCCGCAUUGCGAGGAGUCAACGUCGCCGCCGUCAGCUCGGGGCCCAGCAGCCGGAGACCUUCGAUAGGUGCCGCAAACGCUACCGACGCAGACGGACAGCCCAAGAUGGCGAUUUACAGGACACGAGAAGUAGUUGUCGAAAUCGAGAGGGUUCCUCCCACCCAGGGCCACCAAGCCAGUGCGAGCCAGGCAAGCCAGCUCACCCUGGACGACUCUUUCGAUAUCACCAACUUUGAGGACGAUUCGUCGAUCAAGGGGCUCUCGAUGCCUCCGCUCACAGCGGCCCAGAAGUCACUGGCACUACCAAACAUUCAAGCCCCGUGGGCUACGCAAGAAUUUAGCACAAAGAUAUGGGACGGCACGAAAUGCGACGAGGACCCCACCCUGCCGACGACGAUUGCGAAGAUUGGAUCGUGGCCCAAAGACACUUGA